AGCCCGGGGGACCAGGAGGGGAGGAGAAGCCCGAGGAAAGCUGAGGGAAGCGUCAGUCCUGUUUUUUUCCCCCCACCACCCUCCAGAGGAACGAGGGCGCCUGAGCUCCAUCUCCCUGAAGCUGCCGGAGGAAGGAUGAGGCCCCUGCUGUGCUUCCUGGGGCUGGCUGCUCUCCUGGGUCCCUGCCUGGCCUGUCCCAGUGCCUGCUCCUGCUCCACCAAGAAGAACGGGCGGCUGUUGGCCGAGUGUGCCUACAAGGAUCUCCAGGAGGUGCCCGAGGGAUUGUCCUCCAACGUGACCAUCCUCACCUUGUCAGCCAACAGGAUUAGCUGGCUGGGGAAAGGCUCCUUCAGCGAGGUGCCUGAGGUGCAGUCCCUGUGGCUGGGCUACAACCAGAUCGGUGUGGUGGAGCCGGGGGCUUUCACCUCCUUGGUUCACCUGAAGAACCUGGACCUGAGCCACAACAAGAUCGCAGACUUCCCCUGGCAGGACCUUCGGAACCUCAGCGGUCUGCAGAUCCUGAAGAUGAACAACAACCGCCUGGCCGGGCUGCCCAGGGAUGCUUUCCACUCCCUGAAGGAGCUGCGCUCCCUCUGGCUCAACGACAACGAGCUGACCACCCUGGCCGAGGGCACCUUUGACAACCUGCCCUCCCUCUCCCAGCUGCAGAUCUUCAACAACCCCUUCAACUGCACCUGCAAGGUCUUCUGGCUGAAGAAGUGGACCGAGAACACCUCCGUCUCCAUCACCAAGGGGGGGUCCACCCUCUGCGUGGCUCCCGGCAGGCUGAAGGGCAGGGCUGUGACGGACAUCCCAGACCAGCACUGCGUCGCCCCCUCGGUGCAGCUGACCUACCUCUCCAACCUGGACAACAGCGUGGUGCAGGAUGGCCUCACGCUGACCCUGCACUGCAGCGUGGCCGGCAGCCCCCCCCCGGAGAUCCGCUGGAAGAUCCAGACCCCCGGCCACCGCGUUGAGAUCAAUGGGCCCAAUGUGGCGCGGGGUGGGAAUGUCAAGCAGAGCCAGGAGCGCUUCUGGGUCUUCAAGAACGGUACCAUGGCCAUCCCCAACUUCAGGAAGGAGGACGAAGGCACCUACACCUGCCUGGCUGUCAACGAUGUCGGCACCCGGGAUGUCUCAGUCAACGUGGCCCUGGCUGGCUCAGAGAACCCAGCUGAAGAUCUGCUCCGGGAUGACCCCCAGGCCAGCCCCUUCGGGGGGCAGAGCUGCUACAAGGGGCAUGAUCUGGAUCCCUCCGGUGCUGGGGAAAAGCUGGUGAUCGUUUACCACAUGCCGAGGGAGUCGAAGAGCGAGGCUGGAGGGGCGAUGCCCCAAGCCCACCUGGGGACCCUCCUGCUGGCUUUGGGCGUUGUGCUCUGCUGUUAAACGGGGAGAAGGAAACCACGCCUUGGGGGGUCCUCCUCUUUCUGUAGCAUUUAUCUUCACGUAGUGCCAAGCCUUUGCUGAGCUUCUGGGAACUGUGAGUGGUCAGGAGAUACAGGCCCAGGUCUGGUAGUUUGAGUCCUCCUUAGAUGAGGGUCAGGGCUGCGCUCCAUUAGUCGAGAGCUUCAGAGAAGCUCGGGUCCCGUAGAGCAGAUCCACACUGUGCUGCUGCUUUCCAGGCAUCCAAAGCUGCCACCUCCUGACUUACCUCCCUUCUGAGACCAAAGAACAGCCGCAGAGUUGAAGUCCACCCUCCCCAGGGUGACCUUCACUCAUCACCGAGCCCUCCACCACCCAGCUGUGACCAAGGAGGGGGAUCUCUUGCCAAGAGGGGUUCUGUCGGUCCAGUGGUACCAAAGAUGACAUCCCAAGUGUCACCAGCAUCCAAGCCCUUGGCCAGCCAGAUGUAUCCUAUUAUCAGCCUCAUGUGAGGAGCAGGAAGGAGUAUUUAGAGAGUGGGGGAAUAUUAGUAUAUUAGUGUGGGCACGAGGCCCUGGGGAUCCAGGGUGUGUGGCUCUGGGGAACUGAGGUGCUUUAAGCAGGCUCUAGGUAUGGCAGGACACAUGGGAUGGGGCCAUGGGCAUAGAUCAGGGCAUUCUGUGGAGCAGAAGCAGCUCUUCCACAGGCACAAAGGGGGCUCCCGCUGGUUGGGUGCUGGGAGUCCCCAGCAUGGCACAGGAUCGGGCCCUGCCACCUCUCCCAGACCCCAUGCAGCUGAUUUUUCCUCCCUCCUUAUUUCACCCCUGAAAGUCCCCCAUCCAAAGUGCUCUGCUGGGCUGGCCCCACCGAGCCACACUGCUCCAGCUCCCAGAGGGAGGGAUGAAGCCCAAAGACCCCAAAAUAAUUUCCCAGCUCUCCUCUCUGCUGGGAAAGGGAGCAGGGGCUGCGUGAGGGAUGGGGAGGAAGAAAGAUUGGGAAAAUCCAGGUGAUUGAGAGAGAAGCUGAGCUGACCUGUAAGCCAGAAACACCCCUGAAGUGCUUUAGCAGUCAGUCGCAUCCGGGACACAGCCCCCAACCCACUGCCCCGGGGGCUGGCAGGGGGGUGAGCAUCUCCAUCACCCCUCCUCCCCCCCAGGCAUGGGCAGUGGGGUCCUUGUGCCUUCUGCCACAGCUCCCCUCGCCUCCUCCCCUAAAGCUGUAGGGACAGCAAGGUCCCAAAUGCAAUAAACACCUCGGCUGGUUGUUUUUUUUGUAGACAA